GUUUUCUCCCUCUACUUUCCUCGCUUGGUCCUUGUUUCUAUCUACCCCUUCCAGCCCUCUGACGAACAGAUAUGGCCUGUCCUCAUGUUCAGUCAGCGGAUCUGCGACCUCCCAGACCUAACCAGAGCGUCUACAGAGAAGAUUGUACACAGUGCUUCGACUCAAUAGACGACGAGGCCGGGCUUGAUGUUUGUUUAUCUUGCUUCAACGGUGGCUGCGCUGGCGACCGAAACCAUGCCUUACUACAUCAUUCUUCCACAGGCCAUCCUCUCGUCUUGAACAUCAAACGCACCCGAAAACACGUUCAACGGGACGAGCCUCCGCCAAAGCUGACCAAGCUCGCCAUUGCCGCAGAGACAGAAGAGGAUAAAUAUUAUACAACUACAAAAGUCAAGUGCUAUGCAUGUCAAAUACAAGAUGUGGACAGGAGUUCGGGAAAUCUACCGGCAGUCAUCGAUGGGGUCAUGAACGCCAUGACUUUUGCCAACAAGGAGGAAGUCAAGGCCUGGGAACAAGAAUUUACACCUUGUGAGCACACGCUGUGUCUUGAACAGCAAGAAAGCAGGCAGAUUGCGUCCCAAGAACUUGGAUCGUGCUCCAAAUGUGAUCUCAAAGCGAACCUCUGGCUCUGCUUGGAAUGCGGCGCUUUGGGCUGUGGACGAGCACAAGUUGGGGGUGUUGGUGGCAAUUCUCAUGGACUGGCGCACGCCACCGAGACUGGCCACGCUGUUGCCGUCAAACUAGGUUCCAUCACGCCAGAAGGUAACGCUGAUGUCUACUGCUAUCAAUGCAACGAGGAAAGAAUUGACACAGAGCUCGCCAAGCACCUCGCUCAGUGGGGGAUCAAUAUCGCGGAUCGGGAAAAGACCGAGAAGAGUCUCAUGGAGAUGCAAGUUGAACAGAAUCUCAGUUGGGCUUUCUCUAUGACAACUGAAGAUGGCAAAGAACUAUUACCUUUGUUCGGGCAGGGCUUUACGGGUCUUAAGAACCUUGGAAACAGCUGCUACCUGAACAGCACCGUCCAAUGUCUGUUCGCGCUUGAGGAAUUUCAACAACGCUACUAUCAUCCGGAUCAAGCUCCUCCAAACGCCAGUCUUCCCGCUGAGGACCUCGAAACCCAACUCCGAAAGCUAGCAGAUGGUAUACUAUCUGGUAGAUACUCCCACCCCGACGACAAUGUCCAUGCGGUUCCGGACAAUCCCGAAGUACCUCAUCAGAAGGGGCUCUCUCCUGCAAUGUUUAAGCACCUCGUUGGGCGGGGGCACGAAGAAUUCUCCACAAUGAGACAACAGGACGCCUUUGAAUUUCUACUUCACAUGUUCAAACUCAUCAGCAUCUCCAACAACUCCAAACCAGCAGAGGACCCCAUUCAGUCCUUCCGCUUUGUCCUUGAACAACGUUUGGCCUGCUUGAACUGCAAGCGUGUUCGGUACCGAAGUGAUGAACAAGACAAUAUUUCAAUACCGGUGCCAGUCCGGCGGAAGCCUGCUGUUAACGGCGAUGAAGCUAAGGGUGAAUUUGAACCAGUACCGCUAGAAGAUUGCUUGGACAUUCUUACGGCGCCAGAGAAGGUUGGAGGCUUGACCUGCGCAGCUUGCGGCUCCAAGGAUGGGUUCUCGAAAUCAUCGAAGUUCAAGACCUUCCCAAAGAAUCUUGCUAUCAACCCACUCCGCUUCGAAAUCAUCAACUGGGUACCUACUAAACUCGAUAUCCCUGUACAGGUCACGGAUCAACCCCUGGAUCUAAGCAGGUACAAAUCGACGGGUCUGCAGCCAGACGAGGAAGAAUUGCCAGAGGAUGCAGAUGUAGGAGGUGGGAGCUCUACAGCAUCAUUUGUGCCCAAUGAGGCUGCUCUGAGCAUGCUUGAGGGGAUGGGGUUUCCGCGAAUCCGGUGUGAGAAAGCACUCCACGCUACUGGCAAUGCUGAUGCAGAGUCCGCGAUGAACUGGUUAUUUUCGCACAUGGAGGACCCUGAUAUUGACGAACCGCUGAACCUUGGUGGUAGUGCUGCUGGCAGUGCGGGAGCCGACCCGGAUAAAAUUGCUCAGUUAGGCGACAUGGGCAUCGGCGUCCCGCAAGCACGAAAAGCCUUGCGAGAAUGCAAUGGCGACGUGAAUCGAGCUCUGGAUUGGGUCUUCAGUCAUCCAGAUGAUCAAGGCGAUUUCGGCGAGGAUACAUCUUCUGCUCCGGCUGAACCGAAGCCGUUACCAGGCAGUGACUCGUUGCCAGCCAGAUAUGAGCUACAAAGCAUUGUAUGCCACAAGGGGGCCAGCGUCCAUGCCGGCCACUAUGUGGCAUUUACUCGGAAAGUCAUUCCUGGUGAAGGCAAGGAGAAGCAAUGGGUCCUGUUCAACGAUGAGAAGGUGGUCAAAGCAGUGGAUGCAGAGGAGAUGAAGAAGACAGCGUAUGUCUACUUCUUUUCCUUGCUGUCCUGAUGCUACUGCACCUCGAUUCUUCAGUUACGAUCGACAACCAGCAAAAAUGUAUGAAAAAGGAAUGAAUUAUGAUAUGGGUUAAGAUCCUUGGGCUUAGAAGCUCAUCUGUAUAGGUCAAGAUGUGAGAUAGUGCGGUCUCACCGAGCCUGAAAGCGCAGCAACGCAUUGAAUAACCGGGGGAAGACAAGCAAGAAGGUGUCACCCUAUGGACAAGUUCGAUAGACAAGGCAUAAGAUCACUCAC